AGCCCAGGAGAACUAGCAGACAGACCUGUCACUCUCUCACACCUACAGACAUGGCUCCCUGUUCAACCAACUUCUCUUUCCAGCACCUGAGGUUUGCAGAAAAAGACAUUAAGAUGAGGAAACCCAUCGUGGAGAAGAUGCGUCGGGAUCGCAUCAACGGCUGCAUCGAGCAGCUCAAGCUCAUCCUGGAGAAGGAGUUCCACAAACAGGACCCCAACACCAAGCUGGAGAAAGCCGACAUCCUGGAGAUGACCGUGAGCUUCCUGAGGCAGCAGCUGCAGCCGGAUCCAUCUCAGAGGGACUACGGCGAGGGUUAUUCACAGUGUUGGAGGGAGUCUCUGCAGUUCCUGUCCGGAAGCCCCAAGAGAGACACCACUUCCAUCAUCACCUCGGCUGGACCUCUUCAGGGGCUCCAGCAACAGCUCUCCACCCAGGCCCAGAGAUCCAUCCAGCAGCACCCAAUGGGCCAUUCCACCUCCCCAGUCUCCUCCAUCCUCCGACCCACCACUAACGGCAACACCACGCUCCAGGACACAGGAGCUAAAGGCCCAGUCUGGAGACCCUGGUAGAGAAAGACAGUGGACUGAAGUCACUCUAAAACCUGAGGGAAACAAUGGACUGUAUGUCCCUCACUAUGUAGGAAACAUGCAUUUCCAACCUGCUCAACCGUUGUGGGUUUGCUGAGCUCUUAUUUUCUCAUCACAUUGAUGGACGGAUAUGUGUGGCACAUUUGUGGCAUAUUUGAAGUGAGGUUAGACACUUUUUUGUGAAGGAUGUUUUUUCUCUUGUUUUAUCAAAUUAGAUUUCCAUUUGCAGUGAAGAAUAUAGCUGCUGAUUGAGUUAUGAUCUAUUAUUGUGAAAUGUGCAUUUUUUUCUUACUCCAGUGGAGUCCACGUGUUAUAUGAUAGAUGUAACAGCAUCUACAAUAGGCUACUGUAUUUUCGGCAGCAAUUCUUUGAGGAUAUUUCUCUAUUGUUAUUCAUUGUUUUGUUAUCUUAUGGACGUAUCUUUUAUAAAGGCAAUAGUAUGUUGGUAUGCUUUGUAAUAGUACUGUUAUUUUUCAGAUGUUUUAUAUUGCAUUUAAAGAAGCUCUUUAAACUAUGUAUGACAUUUGUAUGACAA